AUGGCAGCAGCCACUUGCUGUUGGUGGGCCAAAGAGAAGAGUGAGGCGCAGCACAAGCUCGCGGUCCUUCCCCCGGACGUUCGGGUCCUCAACACCGGAUCUUCCGCGGUGGACCACUACUUGCCUUUCAACGCCGCAGAGCUGGACCGCAGUUCCCAGGCCUUGGCUUCGGGGCAUCCGCUGCAUGGCAUCAGGGACCACAAGCUGAAGGAGCAGGAGAACUUCCGGACGGCCUUCUGCGUCUUCAACGUCGUUGAGGUCAUGGACAGCCUUACGGCUUUUGCCCUUGACAUCGAAGCCAUCGUGCAUACCUGCCCGCCGCCCCGGGACGACGUCGGCACCUUUGCCUGUACGGUGAAUUCUGAGACCAUGGCGCAGAUGAUUGGGAAUGCCGCCACGUGGCUGUCGAAUGCCGUGUCCACUUGCGGGAUCCUUCCCGACGCCGGCGCAGAAUGCGGCGCGGCCGCGUCGGGAACGAUCGCCGCCCUCGCCCAAGUGCAUGCAAGCACGAGCUUGGCGAUGACCACGUGCAAGAAGAACCCGCUGGAAGGCCUGCAGCAGAAGCACAAGGCUUGCUUCGACGAUGACUGCACAGUCUAUGAGGGCACUCUGAUGUCGCAGGUCGGCCGAAAGAAGCCAGAGCCCGCCAGCCGGCGCUUGUUCAUGGGAAGUGGGGUUGCUGGCAUGGGAGUGCAGUGUGCCGUGGAUGUGGGGUUUAUCAUCGAGAACCUUUACAAGUACAUCUUCUUCGUGCAGAGAGCCGCCAGGCUCAACUUCUGCGACAAGAACAUCCGGUACGGGCCCUAUGACUACCUCACCGGUGUCCCAGAGGCGGCUUGCGCGAUGGACGCCACGGGCUCGAUUGCCUGGCUCACCCAGAUUGCCACCUUCGCCCAGCAGCUCGUGAGCCAUUGUCCCGACUUCAUGAACCUGCCCACCCUCUGUGGGUCCAGCAUCACCGGCAUGAUCUCAGCGGUCUUUCAGAUUGCGACCUGGGGUGCGGGGCUCCACAUCUCCUGCACCAAAGGAGAGAGCCUCACCCAGCUGGGAAUCAUCUUUGUGCUCGACAACUACACCCUCAUCGAGGGGCGCGAGGCGCAGUUCGUGGCUGAGUGUACAGCCAAGAUGCACCUGAAGUUUGGCGUCUUCUGCCAGCGGGCCGUGAAAGAUGAAGAUGACAACGUCGAGCUGGACUUGCUCGGAACCCACAAAGGCCUUCUGCUCGCGGAGGCGAACGCCCGGAAAGAGGGCAUAACCCUGCAUGGGUUUGAGACGCUGGGCUUCAUCGGCAAGAAGCCCUUCCCUUUGUAUCACCGCCGCCUCUCCGAGAGUGAGGAGGCGUCGCAAGGGGAGCCUCAGACGGAGCCUCAGGAUAAGUGGGAGCCAGCGAGCCAUCCCAAAAUGGAGACUCUACGAAGGGCCAUAAGGGAGCUUGCCGAACUUCGCGGGAACUUCGCCACGGUGAACGGCAACGCAGCUCAGAACCUGACGACUGCCAGCGUAAAGGAGAAGCUGAACCUCAUGGAGCCCGUGCUGAAGAAGUCCGGUUCAGAGUCGCCCACGUGUCAAUGA